AUGGAGGUGGAUCAAGUCAAGUUUUGGUUUCAGAACAAAAGAACUCAAAGCAAAGCUCAAGAUGAAAAAUCUUCUAACAUACUACUUCGUGGAGAAAAUGAAAAACUUAAGAGUGAGAACGAAGCAAUGCGAGAGGCAUUAGAAAAUGUGGUUUGUCCACCUUGUGGCGGCCCUCCUUAUGAACGCGAACGCAGUCUCCAAAAAAUGCGUUUGGAAAACGCUCAACUCAAAAAACGGCGUGACGAACUCGCCAACUUUGUGUCCAAGAACAAGCUCAACCGAUCAACCAUGGUGGAGUCAGUAGCUUCUGCUCGUAGACAACAAAUGUUUGAUACUCGCUUCUCGUACGAAGCUAAUCCAAGCAGUAUCUUCGACCUACCAAGCUCAUUAGGACCACUAAAUUCUCAAACCGUCCAACCACAAGAACUAUCCCAAAUGGACAUAGCGCAGUUGUCUGAAAUCGCGGCAAGUGCGGUUGAAGAGCUUAAGCGGCUGUUUACUGACGAGAAAGACUUUUGGGUUAAGUCGUCUAUAGAUGGAGCAUAUAUGAUUAAUCAAGAGAGGUAUGAGAAGUUCUUUCGUGGCAUUAGGCAUUUCAUGAAUUCGGGGGCUCGAGUUGAGUCUUCCAAAGAUGCCACGGUGGUUCCUAUAGAAGCGACAAACUUAAUCGAGAUGUUCUUGGAUUCGGAGAAAUGGAAAGAUCUUUUUCCAACGAUCGUGAACAAGGCCAAGACGAUUCAUAUGUUCGGAUCCGACCUUCCAAUCAAGGAAAACUGCAAUGUUGUACAAGUGAUAUGGGAAAAACAACACAUUCUGUCGUCGCUAGUGUCAGCAAGAGAGUUCAUGAUCGUGAGAUGCUGCCAAGAGAUCGGGAAAGGGCUCUGGAUUAUUGCUGACGUGUCACACAGUAUCGUUAACUUUGACCUAGUGAAUGCUCCUUGUUACAAACGUCCUUCUGGUUGUCUCAUUCAAGCCUUGCCCAAUGGUCAAUCCGAGGUAAUGUGGAUAGAGCAUGUGGAAGUGGAUGAUAAACCCAAUGCACAUCAGAUGUAUAAAGACCUUUUGUUCGGCCGUUCAGGCUAUUGCGCUAAGCGUUGGAUCGUUACGCUAGAGAGAAUGUGUGAGAGGAUGGUUCUCUCCUCCACUCGAACCUUUCCCCCUACUGACUGGAGCGAAGAACAAGGAAGAUGGAAUGUAAUGAAAGUAGGGGAAAGAAUGUUAAAGAUUUUCAACCAAAUGUUGACUAUGUCUGGAAAAGUUGACUUUCCGCAACACUCGAACGGUGGAAUCAGAGUUUCGGUUCGGUUGAACAACGAGAACGGUCAACCACCCGGUUUAGUGAUCAGUGCUGCAUCUUCUCUCUCUGUGCCUUUCACUCCUUUGCAAGUCUUCAACAUCCUGAGCAACACCAAUACUCGUCACCUGUGGGACGUUCUUUGCCAUGAAAACCCAGUCUCUGAGAUUGCUCGCUUUUUCACUGGAUCAAGUGAAACCAACCUCGUUAACAUUCUCAAGCCUAUACAAGAGAACCUUGGCAUGUUUAUGAUGACACAAAUCACGGACAAGAAUGACAUGUUGAUGCUACAAGAUUGUUACAUGGACGCAUUAGGAGGCAUGCUAGUGUACGCUCCUCUCGAUAAGGCUACACUGAAUGUCGCUGUCUCCGGUCAAGUCAAUCCUUGCGAUAUUCCAAUCCUUCCUUCUGGUUUCACCAUCUCAAGCGACGGUCGGCGAUCCACGGUGGCUGAAGACGGUGGAACUUUAAUCACGGCGGUCUUUCAGAUCCUUAUGUCAGGCCCGCCAAAGCUGAAUGAGCUGACUGAGAAGUCAGUGGACGCAGUGAGUACUUUGGUUAGCCGCACUAUUCAAAAUGUCAAGGAGUUGCUCCUCAAUUCUCCUCAUAUUUGA